GGUAUAUGUGCCCAGUAAGCAAGUGGUUAAAGGCUUCCAAUGAAAACUCUAUGUUUGUUUCUGGAGUGAGAGAAAUGGCAGCAGCGGGGUUAAAAGAGAGGUGUGAGAUUUUUGCUGAUCUCAUGUGUUCCACCUGUGUUUGAGAAUCACCAAACUCCUAAGAGGUUACCUGGCUACAGGCAUAGAGGCUCUCAGCAAAGAAUAACGCCAACAGAGAAAUAGCUAACCAUGUUGUGUUGUGUCUGCCCUUCAGUUGAUAUACAACUUCACCCUGACAUUGAAUUACCUUCUGGUAGAAGUUGGAACUUUACACUCUUAUAGCAUAACUAUCUGAUUGCCUUUUGAACCCAUUAUGGCCAUAAAACCAGCGCUGGGUAAAACCUCCUCCACACCUUCCUCCUACUCUGCGCCUAUGUCUCCAACCCAUCCCAAUGUUGUAAAAUGAAGAAAAGUGACAGGAGGCUGCCAUGAAAAAGAGAAUAUUCUAUUUAUCUUUCCAAAGGAGAAGUAAUGUUUCAUAUAUGAGUAACACGGAAGAUCUGGGUAAGUAUUGUGACUGUUCCAUGGACAUGCUGUAUCUCCGCUGAAUACUGUAUCACCUUAUUGAGUGAUUGAAGGUCAAGAGCAAACAAGCUUAAUCAUUGUGCAUAUAGAUGAAGAUGAGGUGGCACAAGAUGUUCCUGCUACUUUGUAUGGCUGGCCUUUGUGUGAUCUCUGUUCUUCAUUUCUUGAAGGCCCUCUCUUACGUCUCACUGUCCCGGGAAUUGGUGUCUCUGAGUCCAAACUUCAUCUCUGGCUUCUUCUGGGAGUCCCGGCCAUUAUUGCUUCAACAUGUAGAAAGGAUGGAUGAUAGUGCACAGGUUUUGCGCACUCCAGGUUACUAUCGGCCUCCUCAACUUUCUGUUCAGCAUCCGAAGCCUCCACCUUCAUCACGUGGUGAAAGUCUUAGCAUAGAUGACAUUCAUCUGAAAGAAUUUGUGUUGCAGGAAGACACGGCAGAGUAUUUUGUGAGAACCAAAUCAGGAGGUGUAUGCUUCAAGCCAGGGACAAAGGCACUGGACCGCCCACUUUCUGAGAAACCAGAAAGACCCUCUCCACGUAAAGCUUCCUCUGGUGUUUCUCGGCAGCAACAACCGCAAACCCAGAGACGUAGGAAAUGGGUGGAGUGUGUGUGUUUGCCUGGGUGGCAUGGACCUAGUUGUGGAGUGCCAACAGUUGUUCAGCAUUCCAACCUCCCAACAAAGGACCGCUUGACUCCACGUUUAAAGCCUCGCCGUGUUAUCAAUGCCAUCAACAUCAACCAUGAAUUUGACCUCCUAGAUGCACGAUUCCAUGAGCUUGAGGGGGCUGUGGAUGUCUUCUUAAUAUGUGAAUCAAACUUUACUGCUUAUGGGGAAGCACGGUCUCUCUUAUUUCGCCAAAUGCUUCUCAAUGGAACAUUUGAUUACAUUAAAUCAAAAGUGUUGUAUGUUUUCUUAAACCACUUUCCGGAAGGGGGUAAACAGGAUGGGUGGAUAGCAGAUGACUAUCUACGAACAUUUCUGACUCAUAAUGGAAUAUCUCGAUUACGAAACUUGCGAGAUGAUGAUCUCUUUAUCAUAGAUGAUGCUGAUGAGAUCCCAAGCAAAGAAGGUGUGUUAUUCCUUAAACUUUAUGAUGGGUGGACAGAACCAAUUGCUUUUCACAUGCGCAAGUCCCUGUAUGGCUUCUUUUGGAAGCAACCAGGAACCCUUGAAGUCAUUUCUGGCUGCACCAUUGGAAUGCUUCGUUUAGUGUAUGGCACAGAUGGUAUCCGUCUCCGCAGAAGGGAAUACUACACUAUGCCCAACUUCCGACAAUAUGAGAACAAAACAGGACAUAUAUUGGUUCAGUGGUCUUUGGGAAGCCCUUUACAUUUUUCUGGCUGGCACUGCUCAUGGUGUUUCCCACCAGAAGGAAUCCAUUUCAAACUGAUUUCUGCACAAAAUGGGGAUUUCCCAAGAUGGGGGGACUAUGAAGACAAAAGGGAUCUGAACUAUAUAAGGUGGCUUAUAAAGACAGGGGGUUGGUUUGAUGGGACCAAACAAGAGUAUCCCCCAGCUGACCCCCAUGAGCACAUGUAUGCCCCGAAAUGUGUCAUGGAAAACCCACAACGCUUUGGAUAUUUAAUUAAAAACCCUUAUAGCUGAGAUGUUUUUGGGAAGGGAGGGAAUCCUGAAAAACGGUACAAUUUAUCUUCAACUGCUUGGAAUAUCCAUUUAGGAUUUUUUUUUUGUU